UUAUCGCGGAAUUCUUUUCACGGUGUGUACGAUUAUUUAUUAAUCACAGUGUUCUGGGGGAAUUAAAUGUAUUUAAAUGGUCAGAGAAUAAACAAAAAAUGCUUUAGUAUCAUGGACAAUUUGUGCGGCGUUUGUUUUCAGCAGGUUGAGCAACUGUAUCAAGUUCCUGGCUAUCCCGCACCAUCGUGUCUCAAGUGCUCUGAGCAAUUGGCAGCAAAGGGGCUACACAGUGGAGCGGCUUCACAGCCAAGGAGCAUUGACGGCGGCGGAGGAAUUGGAAAUUCAGUAACUGCAUCUACAGCACCCACGCCCAUACAUCCACCACCAAAUAUGAAUGGAGCAACAGAAACGCAACAAUCCCAGAUUCAUCAAACCCCCAAAAAGCACGAAAAUUUACCAUUUGAUUUGGAACAAACUCUCCAGAAUAUCGAUAAUGAUCUUCUCUUCACUGACGAAGGUUCCUGUCCACUAUGCUCAAAAACAUUUGGAAGGAAAUCCUCCCUCCUCAACCACAUAAGAAAUCACUCAGCAGAAAAGAAAUACGUGUGUUCAUUUUGUCAGAAAGGAUUCACCCAGGCAGCCAAUUUGCGCAAUCACGAGAGGAUCCACACAAAUGAACGGCCAUAUGUUUGCAUUGACUGUGGGAAAGCUUUUACCCAGGUAACAAAUCUUAACAACCACCGACGUCUUCACACUGGAGAACGACCAUUUGUUUGCAUUGAGCCUGACUGUGGGCGCUCCUUUGCCCAAGUGACGAAUCUCAACAAUCACAUGAAGACGCAUCACAAGGUGCAGCAAUAUGUGUGCAAUCAAUGUCCCAGACGAUUCAUCCAAGUAAGCCAACUCAAUCAGCAUCUAGCACUCCAUACCGGCAUCCGGGGUUUCAUGUGCCCACAGUGUCCGGAGAAGACGUUCAAACAGCAAUCCCACCUGCAGCAGCACCUCAGGACGCAUGGGCUGGAAUUUCCAUACGCCUGUGGUCGUUGCGAGGAGAAAUUUGUGCAAUUUGUCCAUUUGGAGCAUCAUAUGAAGAUGCACGAGGAGUAUCGAUUCAAAUGUACAAUGUGCAGUUCGGCAUUCAAUCAGGAGGCACUCCUGAAGAAGCACAUUCAACGUCAUAUCGAUGGGCGGUACAUUGUGUGCCCCGUGGAAGGAUGCAAUGAAGGAUUUACGGUGAAGCACCAUCUUACACGUCAUAUGCAAGCCCAUCAUUCCAUGACAAAUCAUCCUAAGCGAUUAUCCGUUAAAAGGCUGAAAAUGUCGUCCUAUUGUAGAUCGGCAGCAUCGGGAAAGUACAGUUGCUACUUUGAGAGUUGUGAGGAAUCAUUUGGGGAUGCAGAUACUCUCAAUGAGCACCUGAGAAGUAUCCAUGGGCUGUCGAUUCUCAAGAAUGAAGGAAAACGCAUCAAGGCAGAAGCUACUGCAAUGGAAGAGUUGAAGAAUGCAGCUGCUGCUGCAGGAAAUCUCCUUGGAAAGAAUGACAUUGCUGGACAAAAUUUUGCCAUUCAAUUCGCUGCAGCUACCGCUGGGGGACUUCCAUCGCAAAUUUGUGGACCGAGCAGUGAACAACAUGGGGGUGUCAGCAAUAAACGGGUACUAUCCGUAUCUGAGAUGCUAAGCGUGUCGGAGAAUGUGAGAAAACAAGUGGAGCGCAAAGCUCAAAUAGGACUCGAUAUGCAGAUUAAAUGCGAGAACUUCCUAUAUCCAUCCACUACACAAUCGAGGUCUCAGCAUGUGAUUACCUCCCAGGCGCACACAGCGUUCCCCUUGAUGGCCAAUGGAGCUCCUGCGAUUGCUGGUGUUGUGGACAGUGUGAAUGCAAUGAUGAAACUCGUGUGCCAUAUCUGUUUCAACAUCUUCAAGAGUCCCCAUUCUCUGGCGCGACAUAUCCAAAAAUUCCACAAUUAAACAACCAUAAAUGGCGCGCGACUGAAUUUUAACUAAACAACAGAAAUACCUGCACUGCAAGGAGCUGAGCCCAUUAUUUUGUUACGGAUUUUCUUUUUGGGAACUGAGAAGAAAGCAAUUUGAGGUGAGAAAUUUGCAAAUAAAUUAUUAGAAUUUGGCCAGGAGCGCCCUGAAUACGUGCAA